UCAGUUAAACAUCAUUAGAAGAAGUAUUCAGACAUGUCCAGUGUGCUUUGAAUUUCUCUCUCUGGAGUUUAUUAAAUCCUAAAUCCACCUGAACCGCGACCCUACCUGCUGUUUUACCGCGCAGGGUCCAGGAAGGUGAAGAUGGUGCAGCUACACGUCAAACGCGGAGACGAGAGCCAGUUUCUCUUCAACACCACGGUGCAGGCCCCCGUGGAUGCGCUCAUCCAGCAGGUUACAGCCAUAUACAACGGCAGGCUUAAAGUGGACCGAAUAUGUUCAGAGAUCCCGGAGCUGGCCGACCACGGCGUCACGCUGCCCCCCCCCAUGCAGGGCCUCACCCCGGACCAGGUCCAGGAGCUCAGGCUGCAGGACGAGUGGGAGGACCGCUGCUCCCCCAGUGGAGGGACGGUGUUUCGCAGGGAUGAGAUCGGGAGGAGGAACGGCCACGCUCCAACCGAUAAGAUGAAAGAGGUGCUGAUGAGGACGGUGGAGGAGGCGAAGGCCAGCGUCUCCAAGAAACAAGUCCAGGCCAACGUCUGUGUUACCAUGGAAACGGUGAAGGACGCCCUGGACCAGCUCCGAGGGGCCGUCAUGAUCGUGUACCCCAUGGGCCUCCCUCCUCACGACCCCGUAAGGAUGGAGUUUGAGGACCAGGAGGACCUUUCAGGGACGCAGGCGUCCCUGCAGCUGAUCCCCGAGGACGAGGCUCAGCUCUGGUGGGCGGCCAAGCAGAUGCAGCGAGGGAAGAAGCUGCAGGACUACAUCGGCUCCAACGAGAAGACCAAGCUGGUGGUGAAGAUCCAGAAGGCGGGGCAGGGGGCGCCGGCGAGGGAGCCCCCCAUCACCGAGCAGCAGCAGAAGCAGCUGAUGCUGCAGUACCACCGGAGGCAGGAGGAGCUGAAGAAGCUGGAGGCAGCCGACGACGACAACUGCCUGGACUCGGACUGGUCCGACCGCCAGGCGCUCAAGCGCCAGUUCCAGGGCCUCACCAACAUCAAGUGGGGGCCGAGAUGAAGCUCCCGGAGACGUCCCACCAGGGUUCCCUGGAGACGCCUCCUCCCCUGUUACAGUGUUAUUUAUCCAGCGGAGGGACGUCUGCAGUACGACAGGUUACACCGAGGCCUUAAUAAAUCUGUACGUAUCAACGGUUUGCCAAAAACACAAAGUGACAUUUUUAAUGUGUUAUAUAAUUAAACAUUGGUUUCCAGUUCAGUGUGUUUGUUUCUUCUGGAUGUUAAAAUAUUUGAGAAAAAAAAGUGAAGAAAUGUAUGUUUUUACAUCGGUUUUUAGAGGACUUUUUUGUCCUCAAAUUACUCCAAAUACAAUAAACUGAAGCAAGACUACAUUAUUUGAAAGUUUAAGUACAUUAUUUCGAAGUUUAAGUACAUUAUUAACUGACGAGUGAAGUAGGUUGUAAAGUUUUGUGUUUUGGAUUUAAAAUUAAAUUGUUGUCUUGGGUUGUGAUGUCAGUGGAGUUGGUGAUCUGGAAGGUGAAGUGCUGACAAAACAACUAAGGAAAAUGGGCCAUGUUCUUAACAAACCUCAUCCAUUUGGCUAAAUUACCGGUAAACUGGUUUAUUUAUUUUUUAGGAAUUCUCUUUUUAAAUGUAUUUUUCAUUCAUUUAGUUGUGGAUGAAAUAUUUUCAGUAUUUGCCUUAAACAUUUAGUCAUAUGUAAGUAGCCAGUGUCUACCUUCAGAAACAUUUUCAAUAUAUUGUGACUGAAAUAUUUACUGCAAGACCCAGAACGAAAUAAAAUAAGAAAUUCAGGUUUGGUGAAGUUUUUAACCAUUUAUGUAGACAGUGAUGUGAUGUUCACAUGUUUGUAUUUUUCUUGAUUUCGAUGUUUUAUCUUUGUGUCUGUGAAGCGUCUUUGAGGUCUUUUAAAAGCGCUCUAUAAAUAAA